UCCGGGCACUGAGCACCGCCCAGGCCACGCCCCACUUCGGAAGGGGCGGGGUCUCAUGCUCAGCUGUGAGGUGGCGAUGGCGGAACUCUACGUGAAACCGGGGAACAAGGAGCGCGGCUGGAACGACCCCCCGCAGUUUUCCUAUGGGCUGCAGAUCCAGUGUGGAGGCCCAAAGCGCCCCCCCCUCACACGGAGGGCCCCUGGCCCGGCUGAUGGAGCCCCCCAAGCCCUUACUCCAGCGAAUUCUGCUCCUCCAGCGGUGCCAGCAGCCUUAGCCUCAAAACCUGUGGGGCCGCCCCCUCUUGCUGUGGUCAACCCUGCUCUGAGGCCGGAUGCUGCAAAGCAGGUUGUGAGCCUAGCUGAGGAGGAGUGCGAGUUGAAGGUAGAAGAUGUUCUAGCCCCUCUGAAUGAGACUCUGAGCAUGUGCAGGAACACCGUGCAGAAACAGGUUUGUGAUGACAUCAGCAGACGCCUCGCUGUGUUUUGGGAGCUGUGGCUCCAGGGAAAGCUGUCUGCCCCCGUGAGGAAGAGGAUGAAUAUCCUGGUGCAAGAGCUCCAGCGGCGGCACUGGGACGUGGCCGAUGAAAUCCAUCGCUCGCUCAUGGUGGACCAUGUCAAUGAAGUCAGUCAGUGGAUGGUGGGAAUCAAACGGUUAAUUGCUGAAGCAAGGAACUUGCCUCCUGGAGACUUGGUUAUAAAUGAUGAGCAGGGAGCUGGAGCUCAGCCAGCCGAAGAGGCCCUGUGAGCCAGGUGGUGGAGCUCUUGGCCACUGGGAUUAUUUCUCAUUGCUGUAGUGGGAAAAUAGCAAGACUCCUCCAUCCCCGAAGAGUUUCUGGCUUCUCCCAUGGCUCCCUGUCCUGCCUCUGAGUGUCUGAUUCAGGAUCAGCUCUGCACCAAGGAGAGGCUUUCCUACCACCAACAGAUCUCGGGGCAACUUGCUGCAUAUGAUACUGAAUAAAAAUUAUUGAUCUUC